UGACAGACCACCUGGUGAUCAGGACAAUUCUCGUCGAGGACCCUGCCACCUGUUGUUCCUCCGUCCCUGUCACCGAGACCCGUGCCAAGGAACUCCAUGAAGAGUGCCAGUUCUUUAGCACUGGCUCUUGCGGCCGUGCUAAUUCCUGCGACAACCUGCGCCGACACAGGAAAUGCAGCUGACGACGAACUGAGGGAUGCUGUUACCCGACUGCAAUUGGUCCUCGCUCAGCAGUCAGAAACGCUCCGAAGUCUGUUAAAAACAAAGUUCUUUGAACCCCGCUGCCCUUAUCCAUUCAGCAAUGUCAUGGACGAAUGCUUUUUCGUGAGUAACUUUAAGCUCGACUGGCACGAAGCGCGCCUACAUUGCCUUGGAAUGGGGGCCGAUCUGGCAAUGCACACUCAACUCCACGCGCUCAAGACCUUCGUCAUACAAGAAUCAUGUGGUGUUUGUGGAGGGCAGAGCAAAAUGCUGCGCGCUCAGGACCUCAGCGACUAUGAACUCCUGCGGAACAAGAACAUUCAGGAGAGGCAGCAGAUGAUUGCUGCUCUCAUGAAAGAUUUUGAAGACCUGAAGAAAACAGUAGCUCCCCCAAAGCCUAAACUCCCAACUAAAACCACUCCGAAGGUCAAGAAAGUCGAUGAUGAUUAUUGGGGUUCAAGGAGAGAGUCGGCACGAAAGAGUAGAUACCAGCCCUACUGGUCACCUCCACGUACUAGAUCAAGAAGGGCCAGCGUGAGUUCCUCCACUGUAAGUUCACCCUCUGACUGGCAGCAGUUGGAAGAUGAUGAUGAGGAGGAUGCCAAGCCCUUGUACCUCAAGUUCCGCUUCAGAAAAGUAGAGCAGAUACUCAGUGAACUCACGGAUGCUGAGGUUUCCGAUGAAGAUGAUAUUCAAGUUUAUGUGGAUGACAUGGACGUGAAGAGAAUGAGACAAGCAUCUAGGAACCUAUCUUCCUCUUUCACAUUUUCACCAGUCAAGAGGACAAGUACAGGUGGAAAUGAAGGAACUGGUACUUCAAGGAGAGGAAACAAUACUUUUGAUCCCAAUGUCAAUAUUCUCAUGCCGGAGGACAUAAGCAAAGAGGACCUUGACAAUGUAGCAGACCGCAGUGGGGGCAAGAUAUACAAUGCUCAUGUUGGAACUACAUGUCAUCAGUGCAGGCAGAAAACUGUCGAUACUAAGACUGUAUGUCGUUCUGGAGAGUGUGUCGGUGUACGUGGAAUGUUCUGUGGACCUUGCUUGAAGAAUCGUUAUGGUGAAGAUGUUAGGGAAGCUCUGCUAAACCCUAAAUGGAUGUGUCCUCCCUGCAAGGGUCUCUGCAAUUGCUCAAUCUGCCGGAAUCGUAAUGGAAAAGGUGCUACAGGUAUUCUCAUUAACAUAGCAAAAGCCAAAGGAUUUGAUAAUGUGAAAGAUUAUUUGGAAAGUCUGAUGAAGUGAACCUUGUAACAUAAUAUCCAUAUAGUUCUGUAGGAAUUAAUUGUUAGUGGAGAUAUUAGAUCCAAUAGCUAAUAAAAGCUCUAUCAACAUUUCCAAAUGUUUACAUUUUACUGAGGCAUUUGGUAUUGCUUCAGCUACUGAGGCAUUACUCUUUGGAUGAAGUGCAUUUUAUGACCAGUGAUUGAUUUUUCCAAACUUCAUUACCAGUUAAGUACAAAAUAGCUGACAGAACUUUCAAAAUAUGGCCUCUGUUUUAUAUAUAGAUAUGAAAUAUGCAUCUAUAUCAAAGCCAAAUAACAAUGUCAUUGUGUAGGUUAUUAUUUGUUUUUAGCCCGUCAGUUCUUGGUAAGGAGUUAAUGAAGAGGCCUAUACCUGACCUCACCUGGUAUCCUGUUCCUUGAAUUUUUGGGAAAGCUUGUUUUCUGAUGGUUUUAAUAUGUUAAUAUUAUUAUUAGCAUUGGUAUUAGACAUUGUUAUUAUAAAUACUAAUAGCAAAAAGAAUGAACGAUAAAAACCUUUCUGGAAAUCAAGGAAAAGGGUAAGUAGCUGAGAUCAAGUAGAACUAGUCAUUGACUUCUUGGUGACUAUGGUCUUGCAAAGCCAUCUGUAUGUAAACAAAAUUAGUAAACAAAAAUCCUUUAUCAAGUGGAUAUGGCAUGUACUUUUGCCAUUUGGAGUCGGUGGGUUAAAUGAUAGUCUAGACAAAUUUACAAUCAUAUUAGUGUCUAUUGUGAAUUCAAAGAUAGCAAUAUUGUCAUUCCUUUUUUUUUUCUUUAAGCCUUAUCCUUUUUUUUUCUUUGGUUCCAUCUCUCCUUUGACUGAACUUACUCCUCUCCCUUCCAGUUCCUUCUUGCCUCUCAGCUACAAUUCCUGUUUUUAUUCGUUUUGUUAUAUCCCUUCUUAGUUCUUCAGCUCUAGAUAUAAAUGCAUGCUCGAUAAAAAAGAGAUAAAGAAAAUUCUUUGGUGCCAUAAGAUUAAACAAAAAAUAUUAUAUUUUUCUUUACCUUUUUUGCAUUAUUUGAUUUAGUAGUUUUGUUGGUGAUUGCCUUAAUGGACUGAAUGUUAUUUCAUCAGAUUGGAAAAUGAGAUUUUUGUUGUUUUAUAUAAUUUUUUAAUUUUAUUAUUUUUUUUAUUAACAGGUAAUAUUAGGAUAUAUUUAAAAAAAGCCCUGUGUUUGAGGAAAUAUGAACUUAAUAAAAAGGAGUGCCUAUGGUCAGUUUAUUAAUUUUAAUUUGCUGUCAGCCUCAACAACGACUUUUUUCUUAGUGUAGAAGUAAAAUAAAGAUGCACUUGAAGUUUAGUGAUAGAUAUGAUCCUGAAUUACAGGCUUGCUGUAUUUGAUGAUCAAAUUAAUUGGGCCAAUUAAAAAAAAAAGUUUGAUUUCCUGUAACAGGAAAAAAUGAUUGGGCUCUUUAUGUAUGUAUAUCUGCAUGCAUAUAGAAAAAAGUUUUUAGAAUUGUACUUCUGUUUUUCUUAGCAGUACAAGUUUAUGUCAUAGUUGUAGGUGGAUCAGACAGAAGUUGUAGAGCUUCUGUUGUGCUUAACCACUAUGAAAAAAAAAACGCAUUUAUGUCAAAAUAGAAAAUUUGGACAUUGUCUGAAAAUUGCUUGAAAAAGGUCAGAUUUUAAGGUUGCCCCUAAAAUUUAGUUUGGAUUGGUUACAGGAACCAACCUUUUUUUUUAAUGGCCUCAUCAGUUUAUAGAAUUUACAGCUGUGAUAACAAUUUGUUAUGAAGUGUGUGAUAUUUUAGUUGGCUAAUAAAUGAUGUUUACAGAAUA